UUCUGUACAGUGUUGCAAAACUCAUACCGAUUGGAGCCGUAGAACUACAACAAGUACCACAGAGUACUUACUUGUUAAAAGCGUAUUUGGAACGGCGUGCGUGCCAAUACUACGUAGAGAAGUGACGUCAGAUGGCAGAUAGCUACGCUUACGACCCCGUGGGCAGCGGCGCGCCAGUCAACCAACAAGCGUACAGAAUGGAGGAGGGACAACUUUGGAGGCAAUAUGUCAUCGCCGGCGUCGCGAACAUACUCAUCGCGUGUCUGGGCUACAACAUGGGAUGGACGGCACCUAUCAACUCCAAGCUUAACAAUACUAGUGAAUCACCCUUGGAAACCAUACCCACGCCGGAUGACUUGGCCUGGAUGGGAUCAAUUCUCACCAUUGGCGCUAUAUUUGGACCAUUUGUCGGAGGAUUUGCAGCUUCAAAAAUCGGUAGAAAAUGGGGAUUGAUUUCGGCUACCAUCCCUCUAUUUAUCGGUUGGAUCCUAGUGGCGGUGGCUAAGACUAUGGCGUAUUUAUUCGCUGGUCGUAUAUUCUGGGGCGUGUCUGUCGGCAUGGUCUUCACGAUAUCGCCAAUGUACUGUGCCGAAAUUGCUACGGAUGAUAGCCGUGGUGCACUCGGGUCUUUCCUCCAAGCCUUCAUCACUCUGGGUUUCUUGUUGGUCUAUGGUAUUGGACCAUUCAUCUCUUAUAUGGCAGUAGCCUAUGUAGGUGUAGCUGUAGUCGCACUCUUCUGUGUUCUGUUCUUCUUCAUGCCGGAAUCUCCUACUUACUACUUGCUAAAGAAUGACAGAGACGCAGCAGCAGAAUGUCUCGCGACAAUCCGUGGCCGCUCCCUCGCUGGUGUUGAAGCUGAACUCAGCAAAAUGGAGGUUGAAGUGAAGGCUUCCUUGGAGAAGACUGCCACGAUUGCUGAUGUCUUCCGCGGCAGUAACUUCAAAGCUUUCUACAUCUCGUGUGCGCUGGUAUUCUUCCAGCAGUUUUGUGGUAUCAACGCUGUUCUCUUCUACAUGACUGACAUCUUCGAUGCAUCAGGAACUUCUCUAGAGUCUUCUAUCGCCACCAUCAUUAUUGGUGCUGUACAGGUGGUAGCUUCAUUCAUCACACCGCUGGUCGUAGAUAGGCUUGGUAGACGGAUUCUUCUCCUCAUCUCCUCAUGUGGAACUGCUCUUGGAGCUGGUUUGCUCGGCAUGUUUUUCCUUCUAUCAGAGAACGACAGUCCAGUGGUGGACUCUAUCAGCUUCCUGCCUAUUUUGUCCCUUGUGGUCUUCAUUGUUACCUAUUGCUGGGGUUUGGGACCAUUACCUUGGGCUGUGAUGAGUGAACUGUUCCCCAUUGAAGUGAAGGCUGCAGCGUCACCUAUUGCCACUGCCUUCUGUUGGGUGAUGUCUUUCUUAGUUACCAGGUACUUCCCAACCAUAUCGGCAUCCCUCGGAAUGUAUGUUGGUUUCUGGAUCUUCGGCGUGUGUAGUGUCAUUGCCUUUUUCUUUACAUUGUUCCUUGUGCCUGAGACGAAGGGCAAGAGCUUCCAGGAAAUACAGGAGAUGUUGGGAGCUGGAAAACAAAGACAAGAAAAGGCAUAAUGUAUAUGCACAACUUAGUUCAAGAUAUAUUUUAAUCCUUUUAGAUUAAUUAUGUUUUGUGAGAUUAUGUAUGUUUGGGACCAAGCUUUUUGGCCAGAGGCUACGAAUAGGAUUAUAUGUGUCCAUACUCCAUUUGGGAUUGGGACGUUAGAUAUAAGAGUUCGAUAAACGGGCUAAAAUAAAGUAAGAAAAUAUAUAUAUGUUUGUUAGUAUUAAUAGAUAACUAUAUUACGUUAUUGUUGUAAUUUAAGUACAUUGUUGAAUUUGAAUUUUUAAAUGGGCUUAUAAAAUUAAAUUGUUUAAGUUUUGUUAUUACGCGAUUUUUUAUCGCAAUCAAUUCUAUAUAUUUAAUAUAUACUCAUAUUUCGAAGGGCCGUUAUUAUAUUAUUGAAAAUAGGUUCUAUUUACAAAAUAUUAAAAAAAAAAAUUUGAAACCGGGACAUAUUAUGUAGGUAAUGUUUUUAUUUAUUUUGUUAUACUACAUAAGAAUUAAUUUCACAUAUAUUAAGGAUUUAUUCCAGUGCCUUUUAUAUUUAGAUAUAUUUAUAAACGCACUUACGAAUUAUUAAACGAAUUUAUUAUGUACCAAAGUAUAAAAAUAGGUAAACAGUGAAACUGAUUAAAAUAUAUUAUAUUUUCUAAAUCCGUGGGUUUUAUCUGAUAAUAAUCUGCCCUCACAUUCGAACGAUAUAGUCCUAUUGUAAUCGUUACUAUCUUUUUUAUUUAAAUAAAAGUUUUCAAAUAUUUACAAUGUUCUUGUAAAAUUUUGACGCAAAAAAUCAUGAAGAUUCAUGAUGAAACGCACACACACACUAGUUUAUUUUUUUGUAAAUGAUGUACCUACUUGUCAAUAUGCUAGCUUUUGUAAAGAUUUUAUAUUAAAUGUACGUAACGGCUGUGUUUUGUGAUACUUGUUGAAAUAAAUGUUAAAUAUUA